AUGACGAGUCCACAACCAAGCCCGCGAGAGGAACACCCCGAGAACCCCUUUCUUAGACCCUCUCAAGAUGGCCGAAGCAUGAGGAGCCUCACUGCAGACUCCAAAAAUAGUUCAAGAAGCAUGCUACCGCUUUUGUACACCCAAGGCCUACUUGAACCACGACGAAAUGGAUAUUCGAUCAGUCUUCUAAUGACUUCGUUGUAUUCGACUCUAUGUUCAGCCCUGUUUUUCAUUGUCGCCUUAGUACAGCCCAAAUACGGCCAUGUCGUAUCGGCGCGCGGGCGCUUUUCGCCUUCCUCGGCGGCGCUAUUGACGGCUUUCAUCGCCAAGACUGUCGAGUUGUCGUUCGUGAUGGUGUUCUUGGCAUUCUUAGGACAGGUGCUGUCACGAAGAGCUAUUCAACAAAAGGGCCUCAAUUUGGCCAGCGUAGAGAUGCGGUCCUGGAUUCUUCAACCAGGUAGACUAUUCAGUCAAUGGCAUAGCGUUCGGGUUGCUGGCUUCAGCUUUCUGGGAGUACUAUCUCUAGUCACUGCUGUGCUCUCGCUACUGUAUACCACUGCUGCAGGUGCACUUGUGCAGCCCCAGCUACGCCUACCCCCAUGGGAAAAGCAAAUGAUGGCCGGCCAAGUAGACGGUGACUUCUCCAGUACUUUGAAGGCCGACAAGACUUGCCUAACUGCCUGGCCGGAUGUGGGCGACGAUCAAUGGGGCGGUAGCACAUGUCUCGCCAUGAAGUGGUCGUCGCUAUGUGGUCGCAACUUUGUCAAAUACAUGUCAGCCUGGGAUGACGCAGCGGCCGACUCGAGCCCUCCUUGGAUGUCUGAGGACUUACUGGAACGUAAGCGGAUUAGUGCGUCAUUAGACAACAACGUCACUGUUACUACUGCGUGGCUGGACCACCAUGAUGUUGCAGCUGAGUCUGAGAAGGCGGGAAGAAUAAUCAACAACAUCACCAUAGCUGUUCCUCAUCGAGGAAUUCCAGCAGCAGCUCGCAAUACCAAGAAUGACCUGCUACAGCCAGAAGAUCUCCACGACGGCGGCUCAUACUCUAUCCACGCAUCAGUCGCAAGCUUUGCAAUCAAUGCGUUGUGCGUCAAUGCUAAAGAGGAAGAACUAGCUCCAAUUAUAUACAAGAAUUGGCCCAACGCAAUUCCUAUGGAAGAAGGCUCCAAGUCUGUGAACUGGUGGCCUAUCCUGGGCUUUCCGGAGGGCACUAACACGAACAAUAAAACGGUGCUUGAUGAUAUAUUUGGUUGGAAAGACGAGACAGAAGACCAUUCGCGUGCCAGGCCAAUUUUUCUCAAGUAUCCGAAAGCAGGGAACACGAUCGCGAACCACACCCAAGUCCCUUACGAAACCGGUGAUAGACCAGAAGUCUACCUCCUCGGCAAAGCCCCUGACAACACCACCUCUGACUACUUUCUAUGCUCCAUGAAAGCUGGUAUCACCACUUCUUGCACUACACGCUACAACGCAUCCUCUGGUGGCCAAGACCUCGAAGCAGUCUGCGACGACGAAAACGGAAAGCACACCGAGGACGCCGCAAUCCAACCCCUCCGCUCCGACGGAGACAGAGCAGCCCUAGUUGGCUGGCGUGAACUAGGCUUCAACCUGCUCAACUCUUUGAGUUUGAACAACGGUGUCUUCGACGGCGACGCAUCGACAGCAAGGAUAUUCACGCAAUUACAGCUCACGGAACCCAAACUCAACAAAACACUACCGAGUCCUGCGGAGGCGCUCCUGAGUAUGACGACAUGUACAGUCUUGGACUUGACGCAGAAUUUCCCUUUCCAGCCCUUUUGGGAUACUACUGCUGGGGAGUUUGAUCAACCGCAGAUGCAAUACUUCAACGCUUCUGUACGAGUAGCACAAUACAUGUCCGGUGGUGAGAAGGAUUAUCAAAAGGCCUUGCUCGUCGUUCUCGCCCUAACACUCUUGAUUAAUAUCUUCAUCCUCAUCUACUUUGCUGUCCUCUUGCGCAUACGGCUCGUCACUGACUUAUGCGAACCCCUCGUCUUAUUCAUCCUAGGCUACCAUUCUCCUCCUUCAGAGGGCUUUUUUCGCUCCGCCACACACCUCAACAUUCUUGAGGUCAAUUGA